GUGUACCUCAUCUCUGUGCUGCUGCCUAGCCUCCAAACAAGCGACGAGCCACUGGGAUCACCACACGCUAGCCCUUCUCCUGAAGCCCCUGAGUCAAAGGUCGGGUCCUGCAAUGGGAUGUGGUCCCUCUCAGAUGACUGAAGAGCUUAAAGAGAGAGAAACCGAAAAACAUAAAGAGAAAGCACAUUGAGAAUCAAAAAUAAGUCUGCCUGUGCAGAGUAAUAAAGAUCCCUUCCCCAUUAAGCUGUUUUCCCCCUUUUCACCAAAAUGUCAACGGUCACUUCAGCAACCUCAGAAGCUCCUUCCAUCACCAACCCUCCUCCACCUGAGGCGACCAACCCUACCAAACCUGGCCGCAAGACUAACCAGCUGCAGUACAUGCAAAAUGUAGUUGUCAAGACACUGUGGAGGCACCAGUUUGCAUGGCCUUUCUACCAGCCUGUUGAUGCCCUUAAACUUGGUCUUCCAGACUAUCACACGAUCAUAAAGAAUCCAAUGGACAUGGGCACCAUCAAGAAAAGACUGGAGAAUGUGUACUACUGGAGUGCAAGCGAGUGUAUGCAGGAUUUCAACACGAUGUUCACAAACUGUUAUAUUUACAACAAGCCUACAGAUGACAUUGUGUUGAUGGCACAAGCGUUAGAGAAGAUCUUCCUUCAGAAGGUGGCCCUGAUGCCUCAGGAGGAGGUUGAGCUUCUUCCUCCUGCCCCAAAGGGCAAAAGCCGCAAACCAGCAGGGCCUGGUCAGCAGGAUGGGGCAGUCUCUUCUGGCUCGCCCACUUCUGUUUUCCCUGGUGCCACCUCACCGAGUUCACAGACAGCAGUCGUAUCUCCAGCUCCAGUGCCCACCAUCACUCCUAGCUUACCAGCUGUACAGAACACAACCACUGCCGCCGUGAUACCUGGCAUGCCUCCGUCGCAACCCACGAUCAAAAAGAAGGGGGUAAAGAGGAAAGCAGACACAACCACCCCUACUACCUCUGCCAUCACCGCCAGCAGGAGCCAGUCACCCACCCCUCUUUCAGAAGGCAAACAGGGCAAGAUGGCAUCCAGGCGAGAGAGCACCGGUCGCCCCAUCAAACCCCCUAAAAAGGAUUUUGAGGAUGGAGAACUAGGCGUACACGGAAGCAAAAAGGGCAGGCUUUCAGAGCAGCUCAAGUACUGCGAGGUCAUCCUUAAAGAAAUGCUUUCGAAAAAGCAUGCUGCAUACGCCUGGCCUUUUUACAAGCCUGUCGACGCAGAUGCUCUCGAGCUACAUGACUACCAUGACAUAAUCAAACACCCCAUGGACUUGAGCACAGUGAAAAAAAAAAUGGACAGUCGAGAAUACCAAGAUGCACAGAGUUUUGCUGCAGAUAUCAGAUUAAUAUUCUCAAAUUGUUACAAGUACAACCCACCUGAUCAUGAGGUGGUUGCUAUGGCCAGAAAGCUGCAGGAUGUGUUUGAAAUGCGUUUUGCAAAAAUGCCUGAUGAGCCAGUGGAGGUGGCCGGGGCAGGUGGUGUAGGCGGGGCCGGUGUGGUCAGUAAGAGUACUGUCAGCAGUGAGAGCAGUGGCGACUCCUCCACCUCUGACAGCUCCGACUCCGAGGAGGAGAGGGCCACCCGGCUCGCCGAGCUGCAGGAACAGGUGGGUGCGGAACAGUGUAUCUCUUUGGAGCACCCCAUUGGUAGCAGACAGGGGAUAAAAAACGGGUGCACCAAGAAUAAUCAGCUGAAAGCAGUCCACGAACAGUUAGCCGCUCUUUCUCAGGCCCCCGUAAGUAAACCAAAGAAAAAGAAAGAGAAGAAAGAAAAAGACAAGAAAAAGAAAGAGAACAAGCACAACAAAUCCAAGACAGAGGAAAAACGCAAGCCAGGACAGCCACCGAAGCCAGGACAGCCACCGAAACCAGCCCAGCAGAAAAAGGGUCCUGCCAGAAAGGCUAACAGCACUGUACCAGGCAACAGGCAACCAAAGAAGGGUGGCAGAGGGCCAGGCUACGAGUCUGAUGAGGAGAUGUCACUCCCCAUGACAUACGAUGAAAAACGGCAACUGAGCCUCGACAUCAACCGGCUGCCUGGAGAGAAAUUGGGCAGGGUGGUCCACAUCAUUCAGUCCAGAGAGCCUUCGCUGCGGGAUUCCAACCCUGACGAAAUCGAAAUAGAUUUUGAGACGCUCAAACCUUCCACUUUGCGUGAGCUGGAGCGAUAUGUCAAGUCCUGUUUACAGAAGAAACAGAGGAAACCUCCACAGAAAGGAGGCUCAGGCCCCUCUCGGCUCAGUGGCAGCAGUAGUUCCUCAGACUCGGGCAGCAGCAGCUCCAGUGGUUCCACUUCAGAUAGCAGUGACUCCGACUGAACACUUUUUAUUUACUUUUUUAUUUUUUUAAAAACAUUGUAUGCAGUCAAGGUUGUUUCCCCUCUGAGACUUUUUAUAAGAAAGAGAAAGAAAAGAGACAAUAAAAAUGCAUCAUGUCAGAUUUUUUUUUUUCCAUUUGGAAAUGUCGUGAAGAAAAUUACAGCUAAAAAGCAAACUAAUCUUGAAGCAUACUUUACAGUUCAAAUUCUCUUCCCUGGUGUCCUGGUAAUGUUGUACGGUACCAUUGCAAUCAUAAGCCAUCCCAUCUCAACAGAGAGAGCGGAAAACGGAAAGCUCACACUCUUCUCUCCAGAUUUGACUUCUGUACCAGUCUGUUGUAUUUAUUGUUUUUUUUUAUUUUUUAUUAUUUUGUUUAUGCUGUGGCCUCAUAUUUUCCCCAUUGGGUACUGUGCCAUUAUUGAUUUAUUUUUUCUUUAUUGUUCUCUCAUCAACUGAGAAGUGUGUCAACAUUUAGGUAGUUUGGGGAACAAAUUGCUUUAAUUAGGCAUAAAAAGCUCUCGAAAUGUAAUUUGGCCAUUAUUAUAGCUGUAGAACAAUAUUAAAACAGAAUCCUAUACUCUUCAGCUAAUAUAUGGUUUAGGAAAAUAUUUUAAUGGGACUCUAAGUAGAUUUGGUGGUUUUGUACAGAUGAUUUACAAUGAUGUGAACAUGUGAAUCGGUAAACUGGAUCACAUGCAGACUUCCUGUCUUAUUAAACACCUUGGUCAGCAAUAAAUAUACAGAUUUCCAAAUAGUCACACGAAUGACUGACAUUUGUACAUCAGAUAACUUUAGAUAAGGCUAGAAGUGUUGGUGAUGUGGAUGUUGACACCUGUAAGUCUACAAUAGAUCUUAUGAAUAGUUCCAAUCAGUUGGGUUUCAAACAAGUUAUGUUCCUUUAAUGAAGUUUCCCAGCCAUUCCUUCUGUGGAUUGCUUUUCUAUCCGAUACCUCUUAGAAUAACUGCGUUUGAUUAUUUUCUUAAGUGUUUGUAAGAUAUUGUAAUGUCCUCUCCAAUUACUUUUUUAAAGAAAAAAAAAACAAAACAAUUGUAAGUAUUGUAAAGGGAACUGAUAAUGGUUUCAUUUUCUGAUGCAUUUGGUUUAUGGACAGGUGUUUUGAAGACUUUUGGGACAUAAUUGCAGGAACACUUAAUUUUGUAAUAAUUUUGAGAAAGCUAAAAUUUAUGAGGGACAUGUAUCUUUCAGACUAAUUAAAACACUAAUAGACAUAGUCAAAACAUAUUUUAAGGUUAAUCAUGUUAAUGAUUUUGUUGUCACAUAACUACAAAGCUUCCCUAAGUAAUUUCUGAGUGUCUGACACAAAUAUUGAUCCAGUCCUUUCUGGUUUCUUAAGAAUGAUUUCUUUUAGAGACGGGCUGG